AUGUCAGAUCAUAGCACUGUAAACGUCUUUUCAAAACUGUUUGGAUCAAUCAAUCGAAAUGAGGAGGAACCGGAAAUCAAGAAAGUAAAGAAGGAACAAAGCAUUUUCAUUGAUGAAGAUACACAAAAGAAAGCUUUAUAUGGUUCGAUUGGAGGCGCUUUAGCUGGACUAGUCGUUGGUGGAUUAACCGAAGCAAUUAGUUCUGGUCUUGGACAAACUUUCACAACCACAACGAAUGCUGUAGAACAAAUGACUGAAGUUGCUGAAGUGCCAUUCUCUCAAUCUACCAACAUAGUUGACGAUAUUUUAGAUUUAAUCAAAAGAUUUGUUGAAAAUGACCGAAAUGUAUCGGAGGACAAAGAGCCAUUAAUCAACCACAAGGACGCUGGUGUUCAAGAUGAAGAACAAAGACCUAUUAAGGAAGAACUUCCAGAUAUUAAUGAAGGGAGAAUAACGAUGAACCCGAGCAUGUUCCGGCUACUGAGAAGGAAACUUAUAUCAAGUAAUAGUUAA